GUCAGCAGUGAAACAUGGCACCUGUCUAGGACUACAGGAACUGAUUCGCUAUUUGACAGAAAAACACAACAUCAUCGCGCUUUACAGCUUAGUGCUUUUAACUAUAAGAUGCAGAAAAUCAAGUCUUUGAUGGCCCGUCAGGGCUUGAAAAGUCCUCAAGAGAGUGUGGUUGACAUGAGCCCUCUGGAGACUUUCAGGACCCCCAGCAAGGAGGAGCUGCGAGAACUAAGAGAGCAGCCAACCAAUCCCCAGGAAGAGCAGGAAAUCAUCGACAGCAUUGAGGAAGUGUACUUCUCCAGCGACUCCUUCGACAUGGUGCAAUACGAGCUAGAGAAACUCCCUCCGGAUCUGAACCUUCAGGAACUGGAAGAUUACAGAGAUAUGCUGAAGAGACAGCAAGCAGCCGUGUCUAAAAGAGUGGCCGACCUCAUUUUGGAGAAACAGCCUUCCUAUGUUAAGGAGCUUGAGAGAGUGACAUCUCUGCAGACCAACCUGCAGCUGGCUGCAGUUAUCUGCACAAAUGCGCGAAGACAGCUUCGUACUGCUAAAGGGGGCUUUACUGAAGCCAGUCUGGGGCUUUUGGCCAAUCAGAGACGCCGGCAGCUGUUGACAGGAUUGCUGAAGUCUUUGAGGACCAUAAAGACUCUACAAAGAACUGAUGUUAGAUUAAGUGAGAUGCUGGAGGAGGAGGAUUAUGCAGGAGCGAUCCAGUUGUGUUUAGAAUGCCAGAAGGCCGCCAGCACUUUCAAACACUACAACUGUAUAAGUGAGUUGAAUUCCAAGCUGCAAGACACCUUGGAGCAAAUAGAGGAACAACUAGAUGUGGCUCUGUCCAAAACUUGCAAGCACUUUGAUGUCUCUCACUACACCAAAGUUCAACUGGCAUAUAAGCUUCUAGGCAAGACACAGACGGCCAUGGACCAGUUGCACAUGCACUUCACGCAAGCCAUCCACAACACCGUCUUCCAGGUGGUUCUGGGAUACGUGGAACUGUGUGCUGGCAAUGCCGACACCAAGUUUCAGAAGAUGCAGUACAGGGAUCUUUGCACGCACAUUACCCCAGACAGCUACAUCCCCUGCCUGACAGACCUCUGCAAGGCAUUGUGGGAGGUGAUGCUCAGUUACUACCUGACCAUGCAGUGGCACGACGAGCACUACAAAGAAGAAGAGGCGACUCCUGCAGCGGAUGACCCCAGUGCAAAAGGCUCGGACGAAUCCACGGUGGGCCGCAGCUAUGUAAAAAAGAAACUGGAACAUGGCUUAACACGGAUCUGGCAGGAUGUCCAAUUGAAAGUGAAAGCCUAUUUGCUGGGAACAGACAUGUCUAACUUCAAGUACGACGACUUCAUUGUGGUGCUGGAUGUUAUCAGCAGGUUAAUGCAGGUGGGAGAGGAGUUCUGCGGAAGCAAGUCGGAGGUAUUGCAGGAGUCCAUUAAGAGACAAAGUGUAAACUACUUUAAGAACUAUCACAGAACCCGCCUGGAGGAGUUGCGAAUGUUUCUCGAAAACGAAACUUGGGAGUUGUGUCCCGUGAAGUCAAACUUCAGUAUUGCCCAGCUUCACGAGUUUAAGUUCAUGGGUCAGUGUCGGUCUCCCUCGGUAUCUCCCAGCAGACUACCAGAAUUCACAAAACCUGAGGAUCUUUCUCUCUUUGAGCAGUUCCUACAGGGUGGAAACCCAUUUGAGAUGCAGAUAGAUAAUAAGGAAGAAGAAACGGAGGACGUCCUGGCUUCUAACGGGUAUGAAUCAGAUGAGCUGGAAAAGGGCGUGUAUCAGGACUACGACAGUGAUAGCGAUGUACCUGAUGAGCUUAAGCAAGACUACGUGGAUGAACAAACAGGAGACGUGCCUGUGAAGAGCGUGUCCAGAGAGACCCUCCGAAGCCGGAAGAGGUCCGACUACAAUUUGAACAAAGCCAAUGCACCCAUCCUUACCAAUACCACCCUCAACGUGAUUCGCCUGGUUGGGAAAUAUAUGCAGAUGAUGAAUAUUCUGAAACCCAUCGCCUUUGAUGUCAUCCACUGUGUCUCUCAGCUCUUUGAUUAUUACCUUUAUGCCGUCUACACCUUCUUUGGCCGCAACGACACGAACAUACCGUCUGCAUCUGUGCCUUCUCAAGGCUCUCAGGCUGGGGUGUCCAGACAGACAACCCCUGCCUAUUGGUAUGAAUCUUCUGGGUUAGGUCUGAUCAGCAGCAGGUUGAGAACUACGCUUAGCAGGAUCCAGGAGAGCCUUAUAGAUAUGGAGGCUGGAGGAGAAAGUGCAGGUUCUCAUGCAACUCCUGAGGAAAGGAAGGAGAAAGUCCCCAGCCCUCAUCUCAGUCAGCUUGUGGUCCUUACAGCUAGUGAAUCGCUCUAUGGGUUGGCAGAGAGAGUCGUCGCCACCGAAUCACUCGUUUUUCUGGCGGAGCAGUUUGAGCUCCUUCAGCCCCACCUCGACACCAUGAUGCCUUCAGCCAAGAAGCCCUUCCUCCAGCAGUUCUACUCACAGACUGUAUCUACCGCCAGUGAACUCCGCAAGCCCAUUUACUGGAUAGUGGCAGCCAAAGCCAUAGAUUACGAACAGAUGCUUUUACUGAUGGUGGGAGUAAAAUGGGACAUUAAAGAGAUAAUGUCACAGCACAACGUCUACGUGGAUGUCCUUUUAAAGGAGUUUGAGAAGUUCAACCAGAGACUUGGAGAUGUUUCGAAAAUAGUUCGGAUUCCUCUGCCAGUGUCCAAUGUCUUAUGGGAGCACUGUAUCCGUCUGGCCAACAGGACAUUAGUGGAGGGCUACGCUAAUGUGAAGAAAUGCAGUAAUGAAGGACGUGCGCUAAUGCAGCUGGACUUCCAGCAGUUCCUGAUGAAGCUGGAGAAACUCACAGACCUCAGGCCAGUUCCAGAUAAAGAGUUUGUAGAGACCUAUAUCAAAGCAUACUACCUAACUGAGAACGACAUGGAGCAGUUCAUCAAAAACCACAGGGAGUAUUCAAUGAAGCAGCUGACUAACUUGGUCAACGUCUGCCUCGGGUCCCACAUCAACAAGAAGGCGAGACAGAAGCUCCUCGCAGCUAUCGAUGACAUUGACCGACCAAAACGAUAAAUAUCUUCCAUCUCAACAAAAGCACCUACACUGUUACUCCCACUUCGUCCAGCUCACGUUUAAUCAUUUCAACGUUUGCUGUUUCUGUUUACGUUUUAUUAGGAGUGUAAGCAGGACAUGCUGUGAAUGCAAAUGAAUGCAAUGAAAAGUGGUACCAGUAUCAUUCGAAUGACAACCGUAAUGAAUGACUCAUGAGCUGUCAUAGGGUUUCUUUAGCGAAAGUCCAUAUUCAUUACUAUAGAUUUAAUAGCUUGUUUAGCAUGAGUCUUUAUAAAAUGACAUUGAGACACAUCUCUCAUUCUUUGGUAUUGUAUAGGAAACGCAUGUACUUCACAAUAUGUCUUGCUUUGACAGGCUGCUCUUGCUUAUAGAUGUGUCACCGGUCUCGCCCUGUCACACAAGAAUCCCACACUGCAACUUACUUUCAUCGAUUUUGUAAUUUAUGACACUUGUAGAAACGUGGUUUAUCCCAGAGACUUGUUGUAGUGUCGUCAAAUAUUAUGUGAAAAUGUCUGUCAAUACAACUUUGAAAACCACUCCAUGGACCUUUCUGUUAAAAAUGAUACUGUACAUGUUGCCAUUUUGGAUUAUCUGUUUCAGAUACAGUACGUCUGAAAUGUAUGAACUGUAUAUCGCUCGCCGAAUUACUAUACUGUAUGUUGCUUUGUGUUGUGCUGCUUUCAGAAACAAAACAUUACUAAAAGUGUAAUAAUAUUCUGUGUACCAAGUUAAAGGCAAUGUCGUAAAAUGAAUACACUAAUGUUCUUAUUUGAA